AUGAGCUCGCCAGCCCUCCGCUCUUGGAGAAGAGCACUGGCGCUCCCGCGCGCUGUAUCUCUCUCUGCCGCGAGGAGUUACUCUACACACCCGCCCAACGCCAGGUUCAAUUUACCGAUCGACUAUGGCUCUACUCCUCUUCUGGCACACACAUCCCAAGACGCUCUAAGAAAUCCAGAGUUGCCCCCAGAUAUUCGGAACGGCCCAACCAAGAAGAUGAACCUCUUCCAGUCGAUCGGUGACGCCUUGUCCAUCGCAUUAGCCACCGACGACUCUGUUCUUAUUUUCGGAGAAGACGUCGCCUUUGGAGGAGUUUUCAGAUGCACGAUGAAGCUGGCUGAAACCUACGGAACAGAUAGAGUCUUCAACACGCCGCUGAACGAGGGAGCCAUUGUUGGGUUUGGCGUGGGGCUGGCAGCUUCGGGCAUGCGUCCCGUCGCCGAGAUCCAGUUCGCCGACUACGUUUUCCCAGCGUUUGACCAGAUCGUCAACGAGGCUGCCAAAUAUCGUUAUCGUGACGGUGCCAAUGGCAGAAGCGCCGGCAGCCUCACUAUCCGCAUGCCAUGCGGCGGCGUCGGCCACGGCGCUCUGUACCACUCGCAGUCACCCGAGGCGCUCUUCACCCACGUCCCGGGCCUUCGCGUGGUCACGCCCAGAUCGCCUCUGCAAGCCAAGGGUCUUCUCCUCUCGGCCAUCAGGAGCAACGAUCCUGUUAUUUUCAUGGAGCCCAAGAUCCUGUACCGUGCGGCCGUUGAGCAAGUGCCCGUCGGUCCCUACGAGCUGCCAUUGUCCAAGGCCGAGGUGGUCAAGGAAGGCAAGGAUCUCACCAUCCUCUCAUACGGACAGCCCAUUUAUACAUGCCAGCAAGCGAUCCAGCAGGCCGAGGAAGAUCUAGGAGUCUCGAUAGAGUUGAUCGACCUGAGGACGGUGUAUCCUUGGGAUAAGGAGACAGUGCUGAACAGCGUGCGCAAGACGGGACGCAUCAUUGUUGUGCACGAGGCAAUGGUGAACGCUGGCGUCGGAGCGGAGGUGGCAGCCACAAUCCAAGAGGACCCCGAGACCUUCGUCCGACUUGAGGCCCCGGUGACCAGAGUGGCGGGCUGGAGCAUCAACAACCCAUUGCUCUAUGAGAAGUUCUCCAUUCCCGAUGUCACACGAGUAUAUGACAGUAUAAAGGACGUUUUAGACUACUAG